AUGGCAACCUGUCGAUGUGGAAAGUUAUCCAUUGUUCGAACAUCAUGGACCGACAACAACCCAGGACGUCGAUUCUAUUCAUGUCCAUCACCGGGUGUCACGUGUCCUGGAUUUGUUGGUUGGGUUGACCCGCCAAUGUGCCCACGAGCUGUUCGCAUCAUUCUAGGGCUACUUCGAGCAAGAAACAAGGCGGAUCAAGAAAUGGAUGAACUUCGGACUGAACUAAGAUGGAAGAACAAGCUGAUUUUAGUACUGUUGUUUCUGUUAGGGUUACAGUUUGCAAUGUUGUUGUUGGAAUCUGAAGGUUUAUACAUGUAG